AAAAUUCAUAUUUCAACCAUCACAAUAAUUUUCGUCGGACAGCAUUGAGCAUUUCAUUACGUUCUUCAUAAUUUCAUGUGCCCACCAAUAGGCCGGCGUUCAGUGAAGAUGAAUCACUACUACUGUAAGCUAUUUUUGGUGUUUUUUGUGAUCUGUUUUCCUAUUGCCGACUUCGCAGCUAUGCCUUCACAAUAUAAAUGUGAUUGGGACUUUGAUACUAAAGAAUGUCUGAUCAGAAUGUACUGUUAUAAUACAAUAAACUGGGAUGGUUACUUAAACAGUUUUAAAGAUGAUUAUGUUGACAAUAAUGAGUUUCAUAAAUUUUUUAUGAUAUGUAAUGAUAAUACUGGCAGAACAAAAAUUGCUUUGGUGUAUAAAUGUGAUGAUCAUUAUAAUAAUGAAAAAAUUGUACCAAUUCCUGAUGAUAAUCGCAAUCUACAAGCUAUUUAUGUACUAGAUUUAAGUAAGCAACAUUAUAAUAUCAGCCCUAACUUGUCUAAAAUGGAACGGUUAAAUUAUUUAGAUUUAUCCCAUAAUGAUAUUAUUAUAGCAAAUUUAAGUAACAUUAACGAUCUCAUUUCAUUGAGAGAAAUAAAUUAUUCUUAUAAUAAAAUUACCACUUUUGAUGUGACAGGGAAUUAUAAGUACGAAAAUCUCAUAAAACUUAUUGCCUCACAUAAUGAAAUAACAACAUUACCAGAUGGAAUAUUUGAACAAUACUCUAAACUGAAUAAUCUAGAUUUGUCUUAUAAUCGCAUUGAAAGUCUACAAAUAGAAACAUUUGAAGGAAUCAAAGGAUUAGAAUAUUUAAAUUUAUCUCAUAACCACAUAGUGUCUAUUAAUAAGUCCAUGUUCCGUUUCAAAAAUUUGAAAUUUUUGAACUUAAGUUACAAUAAACUACAAUCAGUAAAUUCUGAGAAUUUUAAUAACUUACAAAAUUUAGAAAGUCUUGACAUGAGUAAUAAUUCUAUUAUAAGGUUAGAAAAAACAAUUUUCAAUGAAAUGCCUCUUUUAAAAUCCUUGAAUUUGGACCAUAAUGAAUUGGAUGAAAUCGACAAAGAGAUUUUUCUAAAUAACAGUCAUUUAUCUUAUGUCGAUCUGUCUCGUAACAAUAUUCAUUCUCUUCCGAGAGACUUAUUUAAAGACAAAGCCAUUAUAUCAUUUUCGAUAGAAGAAAAUAAACUUAAAGGUUCAUUACAAAAGGGUACAUUUGCUGGAUUGACUUUCGUAAAUCAACUAAACUUAAAUAAUCAACUAUUGUCAAGUAUUCAUGAUUUUGCAUUCGAUGGACCAGAAAAAUUGGAGCGGCUUUUAUUGAAUAACAAUAAAAUUAAUUUACUAACAAAAAAGAGUUUUAGAAAUAUGUUUCAAUUAAAGUACUUGGAUUUAUCAAAUAACAAAAUUGCCGAUUUAAGUUUUGAAAAAGAUGAUUUGAUAAAUUUAAGACAUUUAUUACUUCAAAACAAUUGUUUAAUGCAAAUUAAGCAUGAUGAGUUUGAUCAUCUAAAUAUGCUUAAUUUUUUAAAUAUUGCACUUAAUAAUAUUACCAAAUUGGAGCCUGGAAUAUUUAAAUCAUUACGAGAUUUGUCCUAUUUUGAAAUUUCCAAUAAUCCAUUGAGUGGACCAAUAGAAGAAGGUACUUUUAAUGGUUUAAGUUGUUUACCAAAACUUGAUUUAUCUGGCACAAAAUUUACCGCCAUAAAAAAUAAUUCAUUUAGUGGUAUGUCACAAUUAGUUGAUUUUAAUGCAUCCCAUGGUUUAAUAGAUAUUAUUGAAUAUAAUACAUUCAUAAACACAGGUCAAAUAAAAUCGAUAGAUUUGUCGUAUAAUAGAUUAUCAAACUUUUUACUCAACUCAGAUCAUUUAGCACAUUUAAAUACAUUAAUUAUAAACAAUAAUCUGUUAUUUCAAAUAUUCGACAAUACUUUUAAAGGUCUAUAUAGUUUGGAAAUUAUAGAUUUAGGUAAUAACAUUAUUAAAAAUGUUAGUAAUAAUGUAUUCAAAGAUCAAACCGAUCUCCGACAGUUAAUUUUAUCGCACAAUAAUGCAAUGCUAUUCAAUUUGUAUGUAUUGAAAUAUAACAAAAUGUUACAUACAUUGUUCUUAUCGGGCUUGGAUAAUCAAGUAAUAUUUUCAAAUGAUGUAUAUAUUCCAAUAAAAACACUACAAUUAGCAGAAGACGGAAUAAAAAAUGUUAGCGAACUAAAUUUGACAUCGUUAUCCCAACUUGAAAAUAUCAUUUUAAAACGCAAUAAUAUCAGCACUUUACGCGUUGGUGAUUUUUCUGGAAUAAAAUCUUUAAUAUCAGUAGAUUUAAGUUACAAUAAAAUAACAUCAAUACAACAAAGCGUUUUUGAACACAAUAGUCAUUUGACGUUUCUAAAUGUAUCUCAUAAUAUGAUAACUGAGUUAAACUAUGGUAUUUUUAGAGGAUUAGUAAAUUUAAAGACAUUAGAUUUAUCAUUUAAUUAUAUAUAUGACCUAAAAAGUGAACGUUUUUAUGAUUUGCAGAACUUAUAUGAACUAAUAGUCGACCAUAAUAAUAUAGAUUCCUUUGAUGCUUAUGAAUUUAAUGCCCUAGGUAUACUAAGCAUUGGAGAAAAUCCAUUACCAUGUGAUAUGUUAAUUAAGUUAAAUAAAACUGGUACACCUUUUGUGAUGACUGCAGUAAAGAUUGAAAAAUAUCGGGAUAAUUUUGAUGGCAUUGCUUGUAAUAUAAAUAAAAAAAAAGUACCUAGCACAGACUAUACAAAGUUCUCUGGAACUGAUAGAAUCCUUGUUGAAAUAAGGAAUGAGCUAGUAAAAAUAUCAAAUGGUCAAAAUUCUGAAACAAGCGACUCUGUCAGGGUUGACAAUAAUUCGAAACCUAGUUUUGAUGUAUCAGAGAAAAAUUUCAAUAAAAAUACUGAGCUGCUAAAUCACCUUACAGAUCUUUCUGCAGUUAUGGUAAAAGAAACCAAUAACACUAAUAUAUUGUUGCAAAACAUUUUGAAAAAAAUCAGUUACAAAUUAACAACGACUGAAAUACCAUUUCCGAAAGAUAAUGCUACGUUCGAUAAUAUCUUGCCGUAUAUAAAAAAUAUAAAACAAGAAUUAGAGAACUAUAUGGCUUCGGAAAAGGAGAAUAUCAUGGAAGAUGUUAACUUGAAAUUGUCAUCGUUGAAAUCUAGCAUCGAAAAUGAAAAAGUAUUAUCCACAACAGCAAUUGCGCCUACGAUAAAAUUGUCAGAACAAAUAAAAGAACGAUCUGGAUCACUUUUCACUGAAAUUUGCGUGGGUUUCAUAUUGGUGAUUCUUGUGGGUUAUAUUUUGUAUAAAUUUUACAAGUCUAAAUUGUUUAUCAGGCCUCGCAGGACCUUAAGCACUCGAGGAUUAGAGAUUCCGAAUUUGUAAACAAGUUUUGUUGUUGAAGCUUGAUGAUUUUUAUUGUCACUCACUGUGGGAAAAGGACUGGCGAGAUGUUUUUAUUGUAGUCAUCGAUAUUUCUUUUAUCUAUGAUUGUAGUACAAGUUGUUUAUAACAAGAAAAUAAUGUAAUUUAACUUAGUUUUCAAUAUAAGUUUUGUUCAUUCCCUAUUAAAAUUAUAAAAAAACUUUUUUGUAUAAUAUGUGUUUGUACAUUUUAUACGUAUUACUUAGGAUAUAGAAUUAUGGUCAAAAAAUUAAUAAAUAUUUUGUAUUUG